AUCACCGAUGCCACACUAGCGCACUCCGCCCCUGCUUGCUGCAGUACCCAGCGCACUGCCGUCGCCACCAGAUCACCGAUGCCACACCAGUACACCACCAUGCGUCGAUCACCGCGGCUCUCCCAGGGCCGUAUACGCGCAUACGGAACGCCAGACCACGCUCGAGCCACCACGAGCCCCGCGGCCGAAGACCGAAGACCGCCGGCGGCCUCGGCGCGGGUGCCGGCGCGGCACACAGACUCUGGCGAAACGAGCCCCCCUCGAAGCCAGCGCGAGAUGCCACCCACUCGUCCUGAUGAUGCCAAAUUGCCAAUGGCAUGGCCGGAUCAGCGCAGAGCGCCUGCGACUGAGACCAUGACAUGCCCAUGGCCUGUUUGCUUUUAUGCCCGGCCAAAACCACUGCUUUUCCUGCAUGCCGGAUACUGGGGUUGGACAUAUGCGAGGACACCAUCGUCGGCGACCAGAUGCAGAGGGGCAUAUCCGGUGGCCAGAAGAAGCGCGUCACCACCGGAGAAAUGAUUGUCGGUCCGACAAAGGUGCUAUUCAUGGAUGAGAUAUCAACUGGGUUGGACAGCUCCACCACCUUCCAAAUUGUCAAAUGUCUGCAGCAGAUUGUGCACUUGGGCGAGGCCACGAUCCUCAUGUCCCUCCUCCAGCCAGCCCCUGAGACCUUUGAACUCUUCGAUGAUAUCAUCCUCCUGUCAGAAGGCCAGAUUGUUUAUCAGGGACCCUGUGAUUAUGUCCUUGAAUUCUUUGAGUCCUGCGGCUUUUGCUGCCCAGAGCGCAAGGGCACCGCAGACUUUCUUCAGGAGGUCACAUCAAAGAAGGAUCAGGAGCAGUACUGGGCUGACAGGCAGAGGCCAUACCGAUAUAUUUCAGUCUUGGAAUUUGCACAGAGGUUUAAGCGGUUUCAAGUUGGGCUACAACUCGAGAACCAUCUCUCGGUGCCAUUUGACAAGAGCCGCAGCCAUCAAGCUGCCCUUGUCUUCUCCAAGCACUCGGUGUCAACCCGAGAGCUCCUCAAGGUAUCCUUUGAGAAGGAGUGGCUCCUCAUAAAGCGCAAUUCGUUUUUUUACAUCUUCAAGACCAUACAGCUCAUCAUUGUAGCGCUUAUCGCAUCAACGGCAUUUCUAAGGACCCAUAUGCACUCAAGGAAUUUGGAUGAUGGUUUUAUCUACAUUGGAGCACUGAUUUUUACUCUGGUUGUGAACAUGUUCAAUGGUUUUGCUGAGCUCUCUUUGACCAUCACAAGGUUGCCUGUGUUCUACAAGCACCGGGACCUCCUCUUCUACCCUGCCUGGAUAUUCACACUACCAAAUGUCGUUCUCACAAUCCCAUUUUCAAUUAUCGAAUCCACAGUCUGGGUGGUUGUCACAUACUACACUAUGGGAUUUGCCCCAGAAGCUGACAGGUUCUUCAAGCAGUUGCUACUUGUGUUCUUGAUCCAGCAGAUGGCUGCUGGGCUUUUCAGAGCAAUUGCUGCACUAUGCAGAUCCAUGAUCAUUGCUCAAACCGGAGGAGCCCUGUUCCUUCUCUUCUUCUUUGCCCUUGGAGGCUUUCUUCUGCCAAAAGACUUCAUCCCAAAAUGGUGGAUCUGGGGCUAUUGGAUUUCACCGCUGGUGUAUGGAUACAAUGCUCUAGUAGUGAAUGAAUUCUACGCUUCUCGGUGGAUGGACAAGUUUGUAACGGACAAGAAUGGUGUUUCCAAAAGACUAGGUAUAGCUAUGCUAGAAGGCACAAACAUCUUUACUGACAAAAACUGGUUCUGGAUUGGAGCAGCAGGGCUGUUAGGUUUCACAAUCUGCUUCAAUGUGCUCUUCACUAUGUCCCUUACGUAUCUGAAUCCCUUGGGCCAACCACAAGCUGUUAUAUCUGAAGAAACUGCAAAGGAAGCAGAAGGCAAUGGCCUCCCAAGAGAGGCAGUUAGCAAGGACAGUACAAGGAGAAAUGUCAGGAUGAAAUCGAAGGAUGGUUCCAGUAAUGAGGAAAUGGGAGAGAUGAGACUUAUGAUUCGUCUGGGCAAUAGUUCAUCAAAUGCGAUUUCACGAGUCAAGUCCGUUGGCAGAAAUGAAUCUGCUCCAAGAAGAGGAAUGGUUCUUCCAUUCUCCCCUCUAUCCAUGUGUUUUGAGGAUGUGAACUACUAUGUCGACAUGCCUGCAGAAAUGAAACAACAAGCAGUGGCGGAUAAUAGGCUCCAAUUGUUACGUGAGGUUACUGGAUCAUUUAGACCAGGAGUGCUAACAGCGCUCAUGGGAGUCAGUGGAGCUGGAAAGACGACUCUUAUGGAUGUUUUAGCUGGCAGAAAGACUGGUGGUUAUAUUGAAGGAGAUAUCGCAAUUUCUGGUUAUCCAAAAAACCAAGCAACAUUUGCAAGGAUUUCUGGUUAUUGUGAGCAAAAUGAUGUCCAUUCACCUCAGGUCACGAUUAGAGAAUCUCUUAUAUACUCCGCCUUCUUGCGUCUUCCUGAAAAGAUCGGAGAUCAAGAUAUCACCGAUGAUAUCAAGAUACAAUUUGUUGAUGAAGUUAUGGAGUUAGUGGAGCUUGACAAUCUGAAGGACGCUUUAGUCGGCCUGCCAGGAAUUUCAGGGCUUUCAACAGAGCAAAGAAAGAGGUUAACAAUAGCUGUGGAGCUUGUCGCAAAUCCAUCGAUCAUCUUCAUGGAUGAACCAACAUCAGGUCUUGAUGCAAGAGCAGCAGCAAUUGUUAUGAGAACAGUGAGGAACACGGUUGACACGGGACGGACUGUGGUUUGCACAAUCCACCAACCAAGCAUUGACAUCUUUGAAGCUUUUGAUGAGUUGCUAUUACUGAAAAGAGGAGGCCAGGUGAUAUACUCUGGGAUACUAGGUCGCAACUCACAGGAAAUGGUCGAAUACUUUGAGGCAAUUCCUAGAGUGCCUAAAAUCAAAGAUAAGUACAAUCCUGCAACAUGGAUGCUUGAGGUCAGUUCAGUUGCUGCAGAAGUACGCCUUAAUAUGGAUUUUGCUGACUACUACAAGACUUCAGAUCUGUACAAGCAAAACAAAUCAUUGGUCAACCAGCUAAGUCAACCAGAACCAGGAACAUCAGAUCUGUAUUUUCCUACAGAAUAUUCUCAAUCAAUUAUAGGGCAGUUCAAAGUCUGCCUCUGGAAGCAUUGGCUGACCUAUUGGCGCAGCCCAGAUUACAACCUUGUCAGAUUUUUCUUCACUUUGUUCACAGCCUUGCUGCUUGGCUCCAUCUUUUGGAAGAUUGGCACCAAUAUGGGAGAUGCCAAUACUCUUAGAAUGGUCAUUGGAGCAAUGUACACAGCAGUGAUGUUUGUCGGCAUCAACAACUGUUCAAGCGUUCAGCCAAUUGUUUCAAUCGAGAGAACAGUUUUCUACCGGGAGAGGGCUGCUGGGAUGUACUCUGCAAUGCCAUAUGCAAUUGCUCAGGUUGUCAUGGAGAUACCUUAUGUCUUCAUCCAAGCCUCGUAUUACACCCUCAUCGUAUAUGCCAUGAUGGGCUUCCAGUGGACAGUUACCAAGUUCUUCUGGUUCUUCUUCGUCUCCUACUUUUCCUUCCUCUACUUCACCUACUAUGGGAUGAUGACUGUCUCAAUCUCACCAAACCAUGAGGUUGCAGCCAUCUUCGCUGCAGCUUUCUAUUCCCUAUUCAACCUUUUUUCUGGAUUCUUCAUCCCGAGACCGAAAAUCCCCAAAUGGUGGAUCUGGUACUACUGGAUUUGCCCAUUGGCAUGGACAGUUUAUGGGCUCAUAGUGACACAAUAUGGAGACCUGGAAGAGACCAUCUCCGUCCCAGGCCAAUCAAACCAGACAAUCAGUUACUACAUAACUCAUCAUUUUGGAUACCACAGGAGCUUCAUGGCGGUCGUUGCACCGGUGCUUGUGCUCUUUGCAGUGUUCUUCGCGUUCAUGUAUGCUCUCUGCCUCAAGAAGUUGAGCUUCCAACAACGAUAGUAGGAACUGAAAGCCAACAGACAAUAUCUCGCAGGCAAUCUGGCCAAUUUUUUUCCAGAGCCAACUCUUCUUUUGUCCUUCCAUUUUUGCCAGUGUAAAUAUGGAUGUAUUUUUUGUUUUUGGAUUCCAAAUAGAUACACAAAUAUGGUGAGGAUGCACACAACUUUCCAGGCUUGUAAGAGCAACUCUUACAGGUUCUGUAAAAUCCCAUUCCGUAUAA